CAUCCUUAGCGUUUUUCAACAGCGUGAACGUUGAGUUCGCCAGUGGAUGGUGGGUUCUUUCCCGUUUUUCCCCCCGAUGAAAGGGUCGUCCUCCGUGAAUCCUAAUCUUCUGUUGCUGCAUUUGUUUUUUGUAUAGUCUAAUGGGCAGGAACUUACUUCUGAGGCUUGGUGAGGACGAAGGUUUCCUAGAAAUAAAGCGCUUGAAUGUCAACGAGAGACUAACGUUACAGCGCUUAUUCGCAGUCGAGGAGGGAAUGCCGCUUAUCUUCGCGUCUCUGUUUCUGCUCGUUUCGCUUUAUCAGGAUGAGAUAGAUGUGUGUUUGGAAAGCUAAACUGAGUUGUCAUUUGUUGUAAUAUGUAUUUAGCGAGCCCUAUGCAGCAGUCGUGCUUCGGGAGUGAUGUGUUUUCAGUGUACAGUUAUUACAGGAAGACCGGUGCAUGUGUGUGUGUGUGUCACGGGCAUUACGGGUUUGAUUUUUCAUCUCAAAUGAAACAACAUUUGCAUAGCACAUUCCGGUUUCACCUCAGUCGUUGUUUUAAAUCGCUAUCCGUUGAGCAGUAUGGGCUGAUUCGGUUGGUUUGUGUCAUUUCGGAGCAACGGAGAGUGAAAGCUGAUGCACGGAUUAUAGCGCUGUGUGAUGGGGAUGUUUUCAAAUCAAACAUCUAGGAAGUGGGGGAGGAUAAAGCUCAGGUUAUCAUCUGUCACUGCCGUUGACUUAUGCAUUUCUAUAAAUUAACCGCGUAUUUUAUGUAAGCAAAGGAGAAUAAAGCCCGAACGCCCUUUUGUGUGUGUUUUCACAUGUCGUUUUCGUCUCACAAGAUUCUCUUCUUUACCUUUAGCUGGCUGUGUAGUAAAGCGCGUUCGCGAGACGCGCGCGGGACCUUCGGGUGAAUGAAUUGCGCGUGUGCGCGUGCUCCCCGCCGCGGUGUCGCGUGGCGGCGCUUUGAACGCGUUCGCGCGUGUCGCUGCGGAACCGGAGGGGAGACACAGCGCGCGUGCAGCUCUGACGUCAGAGCGAGAAUUCCCGAGGAGAGGUCCGCAGCCUGCGGGGGGAUGACAUGCAUGUGUCCAGGCAUUUAACAUCAUUGAGGAUUUUAAGACUAGUAGGCUGCCCUCCGCCAAGCCAUGAUGGACAUUCUGUACACAGGCCCUGUCCCGGCAGACCGCGAGUCUCCGAUGACGCGGAGCGAGACGUCCCCCAGCCGUGCCCAGCAUCCCUCCCCUACACAGAAACCCAACACCUGCUGCUUCUGCUGGUGCUGCUGCUGUAGCUGCUCAUGUCUCACUGUUAGGAGUGAAGAUGACAAGCGUGGGCGGAGGAAAGCCCAGGAGACAAAGCUGGAGCCCUUUCCAUGUGAACCUUGCCCCAAACCGACGAUAGAGGAGAUUAAACAGUGGGCGCAGUCUUUCGAUAAGCUGAUGAAGAACCCAGCAGGGCGAAACAAGUUCCGUGAGUUCCUGCGGACGGAGUACAGCGAGGAGAACAUGCUCUUCUGGCUGGCCUGCGAAGACCUGAAGAAGGAGAUCAACAAGAGUGCCAUCGAGGAGAAGACGCGUUUGAUCUACGAAGACUAUAUCUCCAUCCUCUCGCCCAAAGAGGUGAGUCUGGACUCUCGCGUGAGGGAAGUGAUCAACAGGAGGUUGCAGGAUCCCACCCCUCACAUAUUUGAGGAUGCACAGCUGCAGAUCUACACCCUCAUGCACAGAGACUCCUACCCACGAUUCCUCAACUCCUCCGUCUACAGAUCACUGGUGCAGGGGGGGUCACGCUCCUCGUCUGAGUCAUAGACCCCCGACUCCCUCCUCUUUCUUUCUCUCACUCUCGCCACCCAAUUCUCCCCAUUUCCCUCCAUCUCGCUCCAUUGCACAACCACUAGAGGAGAAAGUACUCCUUUUUUGUGUCGUCACAGUUGGAUAACCUUUUUUUUUUGCUUCAUUUUCCUGUAUCAUUUUUGAUACAUAACCUGCACAGACUGAAACUGGAAGACACAGCGUUGAAAAUGCAGUUUUCAUUUUUCAAAACUUCUUUUUUUUUCUCACCAUCAUUCCAAGCGUAUGUGGCAGCAGUAGUAUCAACGACUGAUUUUUACAGCCAUCUUUUUUUUUUUUUCUACUUUUAUUUCCUGAUGUCUCUAGUUGAAGAGAGCUGAGAGGGCCUCUGCAAUAACAUACACUGGAGUGGCCUGACCAAACUGCUCCUCUUUCCUGACCCUUGACCUGUCCACUGUCUCUGUCCUCUGAUUGGCUCCUUGAGGCGGGGGGGUCGAGAGCUGAUUGGCUAAAUAGAGGAAUGGCACUUCUUCAAGGUGCUAAACAAAUAGGUACAAAAAUAUUUACACACUAUUUCGAUCAUAAAUCAAUUUCCAGGCCCAGACAGAUUUUUCCAGCUUUUCUGCACUGAUCUUGAGGGAAAAUCUGCGGAAUGGAUUUAAACACGGUAAAAUGAGAGUACUAAACUCAUAUUUGUAGCUGAUGAAUUUUCAAAUUAGCCAAAAGAUUUACUAAACAGGGAACUAGGAAUUAUGUAAAAGAGGGCAUAAUGGUUUUGUUUGAGAUUUAUGAUUGUACAGAUUUAGUGUGGGCCUGUUGAUUUCAAGCAACUGUUAUAACAAAAACAAAAAAAAAUAUACAAGAGGGGGACUGCCUAUUUUAGAGAUAUUAUAUAAAUCAAACAUACAUGAUAUGAGAGAAUGCCAUGGUCUUAAUUAGACUGGUCACUCAAAUUUUAAUAUUAGUAUUUUUCUUUUUUGAUUUGUUAAACUGUGACUUGAUUUGUUUUUCUUGUACAUAUAUUAAAGAAAAUCUGGAACAUAUGUGACAUACCGAGCAAGCUGUUAGUCCUGAGUGCUCAGUUGCGCUGUAUCUCUCUCUGGCCUCACUGUGUGUGUGUGCGUGUGCGUGCAUGUGUGUGUGUGUGUUAAUGUGGUUGUAUGAUGUGAAAAUCACAAGUCUCUCUAAUGCCUCAGGUACUACAGUUUUGCAAGCUAUUUCUCAGUGUUCCCACCUUUUCUUUAGGCAAAUGCAGAUGACUUUAGUCAUCAUAAAAUCAAAAUUAACUUUAUCGGUCAGUGCACGUUAUUCCACAGAAAAUAUUGUGUCUUUGUAAUUGUAAAAACUUGCUCUGCCUCUAAAAAAGAAUCAUGGCAAAAUUGCAGUAAUUUAAUCCAGAUUUAUAUUGUUGUAAUAAAUGUUACAGCAAUAAUAGCAUUUGAAUUUAACUUUUUUAAGUCAGUUUUUCACAAAAUAUACAUGUUUUAAAGAUAAUAUCUUGGCAUUAACAAAUAAGAAAAGCAUUGCACAGGUUUUAAAGUAUUGUACAGAAAACUUAAAAAAAAGAAGUCAUGAGUCGCUGUACACAGGCAUACUCACUGGUCCAGUACAGUUCAUGUUUCUAUGUUUAAUGCUCAGUGUUGCGCCUGCACUUGUGCUUUAAACUCAUUUUCUUUACAGAUGCCUUCAACAGACUGUGAACCCGCUCGAGAUUUAAAAAAUAAUAGGAAUAUCGGAGAACCGGUUGGACUGAUGUUAACACUGUGUUACCGCUCGAAACGUAUGCCUCAAAACAUAUUUGACUUAAUGUGAAUCUGAAACCAACCAGUACUGUGUGAGUGGGUCCACAAUAGAGAAAUUCUGUUAUGGAGCUGGUCUUUUUAUAUCAGCGCUGAUCUGAAAAACUGCUGUUCAUACUUUCCCUAAACGUUCUCCUUCCUUAAGCAGUUCAUUUAGUUUGAGCAAAAAAACCUUAAUUUCAGAUCUCUCAUUUCACAUUGAAAUGAGGUAAAUCCUCCACAUCCGCUGUGUACUUUCAGGUACUUUCGGGAUUUGGUUCUUUAUAAAAAAAAAA